AUGGAAACCGGAGCAGCAACCACGGCAAAGGCCUCAUCUCUCCGAUGGAAAAUUCUCCGUCAAGCCCUUCUCCGCAAACCAACAGAUGAGCAAUCUGCAAUUGGGGUCAAGCGAAUCACGAGGAAGACGACGCAAGGCUUCAACUUGAUACCCACCAACCUUGUUCAAGACCCAACUAACUUAACCGACGCAACUGUCUGCUACACCUUGCCCAUUGACUCUGCUCCCAAGCUUUACAUCAAUCAACGAGUGGUUGACCGAGCUGAGCUUAGUGACUUUGAGAUUUGCAAUCAGUACAAUAUUGACAACACUGGGCUUGUUUGUCAGUGGCCAUCAGAAGAGGCACUCGCGUAUUUUUGCUUGAAGAAUGCAGACAUGUUCAGGUCUAAGAGAGUGAUUGAACUUGGGGCGGGAUAUGGAUUAGCUGGUUUAGUUAUUGCAGCAGUUACAGAUGCAUCAGAAGUUGUGAUUUCAGAUGGAAAUCCCCAAGUAGUUGAUUAUAUUCAGCGCAAUAUUGAUGCCAACUCUAAAGCAUUUGGGGGUACAAGAGUGAAGGCUAUGAUGUUGCAUUGGGAUCAGACCGGAAAUUCAAAUAUCUCUGGCACUUUUGAUCUCAUUGUUGCGAGUGACUGCACAUUUUUUAAGGACUUCCACAAUGGACUUGCUCAAAUUGUCAAAUUCUUGUUGGAAAAAGUGCGGCCCUCUGAAGCUAUAUUCUUCAGUCCUAAAAGAGGAGACUCCUUAGAUAAGUUCCUAGAGAAAAUCAAAGAAAGUAAUUUGUGCUUCAGCAUAACAGAAAAUUAUGAUGCUGAAAUUUGGAAACGUCAUAACCAGCUUAUGAAUGGUGAUGGUUCCUGGCCCAGCUAUGAAAAAGAUCACUGUUAUCCCUUGUUAGUCAGGAUUGCUCUAUGAUCUGACUCAUGUUCCUUCACCAGCUGCACAUACUUCGUGGGAUCAAAUUUGUUUGCUGACCUGUGUUGUAGCUUGUAUUGAAAGUACUAAUUCAUUUAGGGAAAUAGGAAUUGCAAUGUACAGACUGAAUUGGUAUUGUUGCCCUCAAUUGGUGGAUCCCAAAUUCUUUAAACUGCAUCUC